AUGAAAAAAUAUUACUUCGCUGCGAAACAACUAAGCAAUUCUCCUCCAAAUGCUCUCCGUCGUCUGCAACAGGAGCUUGUUGAUGUGACUGAUAAUCCAAUCGAGGGUAUCAAAGUUCAUUCUGCUGCCGAAAAUAUUUUCAUAUGGAAGGUUGCCAUAUUUGGUGCGCCUGGAACGAUCUAUCAGACGCUCAAGUUCCCGCCCAGAUAUCCAUUCGAGCCUCCUUCCAUGCGCUUCGAUAAUCCACUCUUUCAUCCUAAUGUGUAUAAGGACGGAAGAGUAUGCAUAAGCAUCUUGCACCCGCCUGGACAGGAUAAGCUGAGUGGAGAAGUAAUAUAA